GGACGAGGACCAUGACCACGACACGACGACGACGACGACGCAUAACUUCAUGUUUUUGUUUUCUUGUAUGACGUCAUAAAUAAAGCUUUAUUGAGGUGUUUUUUUUUUUCAAACUUGUUAUGCAUUAUUUAUAAGUUUGUUUUGCUGGGAUUUUUGUUGAACAAGGGAACAACAGUUGCAAUUACAAUGGCACCUAUCUUGGCACCCACAAUUUCGUUAAGCAACGGGCAGAAAAUGCCAGUUCUUGGCCUCGGUACGUGGCGCUCUUAUGAAUCCGAAGCGGAAAAAGCCUGCAAAGAGGCCCUAGAUUGUGGCUAUCGACACAUUGAUACUGCUUUCGUUUACGAAAACGAAGCUGAAGUUGGACGAGCUGUUAAGUCUAAAAUUGCCGAAGGGCUAAUUCGUCGAGAGGACGUCUUUGUCGUCACGAAGCUGGGUGGCAUUCACCAUGAACCCAAGUUGGUGCUGCACGCAUGUCAGCUGAGUUUGAACAAUUUAGAUCUAGGCUACAUCGACCUGUACCUGUUACACUUUCCAGUGGGUCAAGUUUACAAUGGCGAUGGCAAUGUUCAUGGAAGUGGUGAACUAUCGGACGUCGACUAUCUAGAUACUUGGAAGGAAAUGGAAAAGCUUGUCGAAAUGGGUUUGGUACGAGGUAUUGGCUUGUCUAAUUUCAACAGCCAACAAAUUGAUCGAGUUUUGAAGAACUGCCGCAUCAAGCCAUUGGUCAAUCAAGUCGAAUGUCAUCCUGGAUUCAAUCAAAAGAAACUAAUUGAAUUCUGUCGUGAGAGGGACAUAGUUGUAACAGCGUACUGCCCAUUAGCACGACCAAAACCAGAUUUAAAGUGGCCACCUUUUAUUUAUGAUGCCACUUCUGAGGCCAUGGCCAGAAAAUACAACAAAACACCCGCACAAAUUUGCUUGAGAUAUUUAAUUGAUAUAGGAGUAGUGCCUAUUCCAAAGUCUAUAAGCAAAAAUAGAAUCGAAGAGAAUUUUAAAGUCUUUGAUUUUAAGCUAAGCGACGAGGAUAUUAAAAUCAUGGACCAAUAUAAUACCAACGAGCGGAUGAUACCGUUCUCGGGUAUGAGGAACCAUCAGUAUUUUCCAUUUAAUAUUGAAUUUUAAAUUAAUUUUAUAAACUCUCCUAAAACUUAAGUGAAUGUACCUAACUGUAAAUAAAAAAAGGUCUUUUUCACACUA